AUGGAGACGGGCGAGCGCGGCCGCGGCGGGGCUGUCAGCGCGCGCGGCGGCGGCGCGGCGGCGGCGGGGGUCCGCGGGCGGAAGGAGGCGGCCGGCGCCGGGACCCUCGCGGCGGCAGACAUGGACUCGCCGUGCGAUUGUGCCGCCGGCACGCCGGCCUCCGAGCCGCCGUCGGGGAAGAUCAACAAAGCCGCCUUCAAAUUAUUCAAGAAGAGGAAAUCGGGCGGCACCAUGCCCAGCAUAUUCGGGGUCAAAAACAAAGGGGACGGGAAAGGCGCGGGUCCGCCGCCGGGCAUGGUGAGGAGCCGGACCCACGACGGCCUGGCCGAGGUGGCGGUGCUGGAGGGCGGCCGGAAGGAGGAGCCGCGCGGCGGGGUGGACGGCGGCGGCGGCGGCGGAGGGGGCGACGGCGGCGGGGGCCGGCCGACCCCCGCGCCCCCCAGGGCGGCCGGGCCCGGCGCGGGCUCGCUGGCCGGCGGCUCGGUGGCCAAGUCGCACAGCUUCUUCUCCCUCUUGAAGAAGAACGGGCGGCCGGAGCACGGCCGAGGGGACGCGGCGGACGCCGGCAAGGCUGGCGGCAAACAAAAGAGGGGGCUGCGAGGGCUCUUCAGCGGCGUGCGCUGGCACAGGAAGGACAAGCGCGCCAAGGAGGGGGCGCGCGCGGGGGGCCCGGGCCUGGCCCCGCCGGGGUCGCUCACCGCCAGCCUGGAGUGCGUCGCGGAGGAAGCGCCCCGAGCCGCGCGCGCGCCGGACAGCCCGCGCGGGGACGCGCCGCCGGAGCCAGCAGGCUGUGGAGAUAUUAUUGCAGACCAGGAGGACGAGGCAGGCCCCAGCUGUGACAAGCAUGCCCCCGGGACAGGCAAGCCGGUGGCCUCUAAAAAGAACCCCAGCGUGGUGGCCUACCAAGGAGGCGGGGAGGAGAUGGCGAGCCCGGAUGGGGUGGACGACACCUGUCUCCAGGAAUUCUGGGACAUGCUCUCCCAGACGGAGGACCAAGGACAGGGGCCCCAGGAGGGGCUGGCUAAGGCCGCCGCCGCAGCCCUGGACGCCAAGGCGGCUCCCGAGGUCUCCAAAGACGCCAGGGGGGAAGUUGCCAAGGAAGUGUCUUCGGUCAAGCGCAGGAGGCUCAACCGCAUUCCCAUCGAGUCCCACCCCAAGGAGGAGCCUAAGCACCUGCAGAAGGAGCAGCAAGAAGGGGUCCCCAACAGUGACGAGGGCUACUGGGAUUCCACCACUCCAGGCCCCGAGGAGGACGGCACGGGCAGCAGCGGCGGGAAGAAGGCGGCCAUCCCCAGGGACAGCUACAGCGGCGACGCGCUCUACGACCUCUACGCGGACCCAGAUGGAAGCCCAGCAGCCCCUCCUGCCAACGAGGAGGCGUCCAGUGUGUCCAGGUUAAAGCCCGUGUCUCCGGGCACCAUCACCUGCCCACUGCGGACACCAGGCAGUUUGCUGAAGGACUCUAAGAUCCCGAUCAGCGUCAAGCAUCUCGCCAACCUCCCAUCCAGCCAUCCUGUGGCGCACCAGCAACCGGCCAGGAGCGAGGUGCCCAGAACAAAAAUCCCCGUGUCCAAAGUGCUCGUCCGCAGGGUCAGCAACCGAGGGGUGGCUGGGACCACAAUCCGGGCAGCAGUGAGCCACGACAGUGCCAAAAAGUUGUGA